GCAGCAUUACCUUGACCCCAAAGAACCCUUUGCUUCUCGCUGGACAACUGCUUGCCAGCAGGCCUUUGAAGAGGUAAUCCGGAAACUCAGUACAGCACCAGUUCUUGCAUUUGCAGACCCAGGUAAACCCUACAUAUUACACACAGAUGCUAGCUCUACUGGCCUUGGUGCAGUUUUGUACCAAGAACAGGAUGGGCAGAACAGGGUGAUUGCAUAUGCCAGCAGAGGUCUGUCCCGCAGUGAAAGUCGAUAUCCUGCCCAUAAACUUGAGUUUUUGGCCCUCAAAUGGGCAGUUACAGAAAAAUUUUAUGACUACCUGUAUGGAUCCGAUUUCACUGUGGUUACAGAUAGCAACCCAUUGACAUAUCUGCUAACUUCUGCUAAAUUGGAUGCUACAAGCUAUAGAUGGCUUUCUGCUCUUUCAACUUUUACUUUUAAGAUCAUUUAUCGGGCUGGCAGGUUAAAUGUGGAUGCUGAUGGUCUCUCUCGGCGACCUCAUGCUGAAGAGGUGGCUGAUCCUUUGUCUCUUAAGGAGAAAGAGAGAAUAUUGAAGUUUACUGAACAACAUCUGGAACAUCCAUCUUGUAUUUCCAUUGACCAGCACUCAGUCCAAGCAAUAUGUGACAGGCAACUGGUGUACAGCUCACCCAACCUGGACCAGGUUGUUGCUCUUGUGCAAACCCUCUCCAUUAACACUGACAGUUUACCAGACAGUUUUGUUAAUGAUCUACAGUUCUCUUCACCUGUUGUGCCAUCUUUCUCUGAAGGUGAAAUUGCUGACAAACAGAGAGCCGAUCCAGUCAUUCAGCACAUUAUUGCUCAGUUGGAACGAGGGGAAAACCCACCGCCAUUUCUGAGGGAACAGCUCCCCGAUCUGCCAUUACUCCUGCGAGAGCUUACACGCUUGGAGCUCCAUAAUAAUGUUCUUGUCAGGAGGAGGAAUAUUGGAGGUGAGCUUACUUACCAACUUGUACUUCCAGAGGAAUGGCGGCCUGAGGUCCUCAACCAGCUUCAUGACCAGAUGGGCCAUUUGGGCACAGAAAGGACUCUGGAUCUCGUCAGAUCACGGUUCUUCUGGCCACGAAUGGCAGUUGAUGUCUGUAACAAACUCAAGAACUGUGAGAGAUGCAUCCGAAGAAAAGCACAACCUGAGAAAGCUGCACCACUUGUUAACAUUAAAACCUCAAGACCACUCGAACUUGUCUGCAUGGACUUUCUCUCCAUAGAACCAGACCGAAGCAACACCAAAAAUGUUCUAGUGAUAACUGAUCAUUUCACAAAAUAUGCUGUUGCCGUGCCAACCCCAAACCAAAGAGCCAAAACCGUAGCAAAAGCGCUAUGGGAGAACUACCUUGUCCAUUAUGGAAUGCCAGAGCGUCUCCAUAGCGACCAAGGGACUGAUUUUGAAUCUCAUACUAUCAAAGAGCUCUGUCAGAUCACAGGAAUCCAAAAGAUUAGGACCACACCUUACCAUCCCCGUGGCAAUCCUGUGGAGCGAUUCAACCGAACACUCUUAAACAUGUUGGGUACGCUGCAAAAAGAAGAUAAAAUUCACUGGAAAGAUUUUGUGAAGCCAUUGGUACACGCUUACAACUGUACCCGAAAUGAUGUCACUGGAUACUCCCCAUAUGAAUUGAUGUUUGGUCGGCAACCCCGCCUUCCUGUUGACUUAGCUUUUGGACUGCCUGUGUCUGAAAAACCAUCUACAUCUCAUUCACAGUAUGUUGAAAAGCUCAAGUCACAUCUCAAAGAAAGUUAUAAGAUUGCAACUGAAAACGCUGAGAAAGUCAUGUGGAAGAACAAACUCAGAUUUGACAAGCAAGUCACAGCUGCAGAACUCUCAGUUGGAGAUAGAGUUCUGGUUAGAAACGUCAAACUGCGAGGCAAGCACAAGCUCGCAGACCGGUGGGAAUCAGACGUGUAUAUUAUUCAGAAGAAAGCCGGCACUCUUCCAGUAUACACAGUCAAACCAGAAGGCAAAGAUCGUCCCAUCAGGACCCUCCACCGUGACCUGUUGUUGCCUUGUGGCUACCUGUCCCCAGCCUCUAAACCAGAACAGAUAAAGCCAACAACAGCCAUUGCACCUGAGACUUCAGAAAAUGUAGAUCUUUUAGACCCUGAAAAUGAAGAACUGUUUUUAUUUGACUUACCUGAUUUCUCCAGCUCCUAUGUCACCAGAGUUACAACUGAGGUUGACUUACCUGCUCCUGCAUCUACUGUCGCUCCUCUGCCUGUGGAUCCGCCUGGCCAGCAUCCCCAGAGCUCUUUGGAAGAAGAGGUUGGUGAGGAAAAGGAAGUGGAGUCUGGACCUGAACCUAUUGCUGAACUGGACAUGGAACAAACAGCUGAAGAUGGAACAGAUUCUGAUGACUCAGAGCCUCUCGUGGAAAAUUCCUCCUCUCAAUCAGGACCUGUCUCUCCUCACCCAGAAUCUGCAUCCUCUCCAGGACAAUCCAGCAUGUUAAGUGAUUCUUCUGCUGCAAAACUCUCCAGCCCAGAUCCUGAACCACCUGUCAGACGCUCUACCCGAACACAUCAGCCACCAACUCGUCUGCAGUAUUCAACACUUGGUCAUCCACUUCUGCAGAGCAUCCAGACCCUGUUUCAAGGACUCAGUACAAUCUUUACAUCUGCUCUGGACCUGGAUGAGACCUCUGUGACCUCUACAUCAUGUGACAGUGUGGUGUGUCACCAGCCUGUUGCAUGUACGAGGCCGCACAUGAGUUUAGGGGGGGAACCUGUAACCCACAAUUAGCAAACGACUUUUAUUUUUGCGGGCCCACUUCCUGUGUUGCCCGAACGCUGCUAACUUAUUUAAAGCCACGCCUCCAGUGCGCAGUAAAAGAUCCUCACCUGUUCCACUGUGAUUGUGGCUUGCUGUUGGCGUCUUCCUUAGGAAUUCCUCAAAAAAAUCUUUGAACAUAUUGAUUUGAUUGCUGGGUGAGUUUAUUUGUUAACAGUGUUAUUUGUUCUAUGUGGUACUUCUGCUCAAUUGCUCAUUGGAGCGUUGUUUUAUUAGAAUCACUGGCAUUGUUUACCUGGACCGUCACCAGGAUUCUGUUAGUGCUGAUUGUGGCUAAGUACGCCCCACUCUCUUCAAAAAGGUCGGGUUUUUUUUUCCACCUGUCGGAUCAGAUCCUCAUCUGGAUCG